UUCCCCAAGCUGAAGGGUGCGAGUGGUGCGGUUAGGUCUUGGAGCUGGACCCGCGGCCGAAGUCUCCCGAGCUGCGUGCCGAUUCGUGCCUGGCCCCGGCACAGCCUCCGCAGUCGGCCUGGAAGUCAGUUUUGCCAAAAUGAUACAAAGGAGCGUCAGCAGAUCCUGACACUGAAAUUGUCGUUAUAAAUUAGCACCAGCAGAUCGCUUUCCCUGAAAUCCCGUCAGUCAGAGUUCCCGGCCACAGAGUUUCCUGCUUGUAAUACAAGCUGUCAUUCAGCGAGUGCUCACUGAGCCUCACCGCGAUCCCUCGAAGUGUCAUCAACAGGUGGGAAGUCGAGGCUUGGAGAAAAUAAAUAUGUGCUGUGUUAUGGGGCAGACAGAUGAUGACUCUCACGUGCUCCUCGCCCGCAAGGAGCCCCUACUCGGAAAGACUCUCGGAACUGUAACGCCAAGAAAACCUGUCUUAUCUGUCAGUGCAAGAAAAAUUAAGGACAAUGCGGCCGACUGGCAUAAUUUAAUCCUGAAAUGGGAAACCCUCAACGAUGGAGGUUUUGCUACUGCAAGCAAUAUUGCCAACAUGAAAAUCAGUUUGUUGAGCAGAGACAAGAUAGAAUUAGAGAGCAGCGGCCUGGCUGCCGACGACGCUGCAGAAAAGGAGCACCCGGAAUACAGCAGGGAGCUGGAGGCGCUGUGUGAGGAGCUGCAGACCACCCUGGACGGCUUGGCCAAAAUACAGAUGAAGAUGGAAAAGCUGUCUUCAACCACCAAGGGCGUUUGUGAACUAGAAGAUUACCAUUACGGGGAGGAGAGAAAACGCCCCCCCCUCUUCCACACGUGGCCCACAGCCCAUUUUUACGAGGUCUCCCGCAAGCUCUCCGACAUGUAUGGCCGGGAGCUCCGCCUGAAGCGCGUGGUGGUGGAGCAGCUGGCACACGCGACCGACCGCGACCUCGCCCUCAGCUACCUGUCCAUGUGGCUGCACCAGCCUUACCUGGAGGGCAGCAGCAGGCUGCUUCUGGAGAGCAUGCUGCUGGAGACGGGGCACCGCGCGCUGUGACCUCCCGCGCCCCCCGGCGGACACACUCAGGUGGGCGCUGGGCGGUACCCCGGGAUCACGCCCCCCGGCUGCACCCCGCAGUCAGGCCCUGUGCUUGAUCCUUCCACCCGCUCUCUGCGGCCUCGCCAGACACACUGAUUGCUGCCUGCCGUCCACCUUGUCUGCACCUGUUGUGAAUGUGGCAUCUAUGAAGACUUCUGCAUGAAAUAAAUGAGUUCCUCAACUAAA